UCUCUCACACACACACACACGAAAAAGAAAAAAAAAUAUAUAAGAAACCAGAUAGAAAAAGGAGCAAAAUAAUGAAUAGAGUUCGAUCACAAAAAUCAUAUAAAGGUGACCUCUAGACUUAUACAAGAUACACAACUUCACUGUAAAAAGAAGAAUGUAAAUUAAAACUGAGUGGGGAUAUCAUUUCUCACUUACGGAUUUGGCAAACACACAAAAGCUUCGCAGCUCACCUUUGGCAAGGCUGUGGGGAAAUCGGCGCGGUCCUACAGGGCUGAUGAGCCUGUGAAAUAGGACAGGUCGUAGGAUGGGAAAUUGGAAAACAAAAAACAGAUUCCUCGCACCCGCCGGCUGGCGGGGCAGGACAGCCACUUCGCGGCCGGGCCCACCGGCUACUGCGGGCACACGGAGCGGGAAGAUGGCGGACGUGGUCGUGGGCAAAGACAAGUGCGGGGAGCAGCGGCUCGUCUUGCUGCCCUUGUCCCGCAUCCGGGUCAUCAUGAAGAGCUGCCCCGAGGUGUCCAGCAUCAACCAGGAGGCGCUGGUGCUCACGGCCAAGGCCACGGAGCUCCUUGUUCAAUAUCUAGCUACACUAGUUCAAUAUUCCUACAGACAUGGCAGUGGAAAGGAAAAGAAAGUCCUGACUUACCGUGACUUAGCAAACACUGCAGAGGAAUCAGAAACUUUUCAGUUUCUUACAGAUAUAUUACCAAAGAAGAUUUUAGCUGGUAAAUACCUGAAAAUGCUUAAAGAAGAAAAGAGGGAAGGAGAUGAGGAGAAUGACGAUGAUAAUGGAAGUGACCACGAUGAAGCCGAAUCCUAAACCAAAAAAGGGCUUUAAAGCCAGCCUGGCGAGGACUGCCCCGGAUCUGCUCCACUGUCUCCAAGCAGACACAACACUGCACACCUUUAGCUCUUCCAGUGCGUGGGAUUCUUUCCAGGCCAAGACUGAGUGCCUCAUGCACCUAGGCCACAAACAGCCAGAGGGAGAGUGACCCGGACAACAGCCCCUACACAGGCCCACUCUGCAGCUCAGGCACCAAGAAAGCAGCCGAGACCGGCAGCCAUUGCCGGCUGAUCUGCAGCUCCAAACUGUAGAGGCAAGGCCAAUUUUAACUUUUAAAUUUACCGUCAGUUUUGAAGAGCUUCUACAUAUCAGUUACGUAAAUUUUCAUAUAUGUAUAUUUUGGAAUAAAAAAUAUGAAAAAGUUCAAAUAUUUUUCUACUGUAAAGAAAUAUACUUUUCUGUUAAAGAUCUGUAAGUAUUUUUACAGUAAAUGCUUUAUGGAACUAGUUUUAGAGCCCUCCAUGGCUCUGAGGCCUUGGUUACUGUCUACACAUUUUGUGAAAUUUAAAAAUAUCGUUCUAACACUUUUAUUCCUACAGAAAAAUUCCAAGUCAAAUUAUCAAAUCAAAUACAAAGUAAGCCUUAUCUCUUGUAUAUAUUUAUUAAAAAAACAGGUUCUACAUGCAUUUACACUUUGACCAGCAACCCCAUUUCUAGAAAUUCUCUCUGAAAAUGUAUCUUCACUCAUUACACAUUUAAAACAAUAUACUAUGCAUAGAGUUAUUUAUUGCUGGUAUUAUCUGUAACGACAAACUGUUGGAAAUGAACUAAAAGCCAAUCCAUAGGAGACUGGUUGAAUCAACUGUGGCUUAUCCAUAUAACAGAAGUCUGUUGACACCAUCGCAGGAAUGAGGAAGAUUUCUCCAAACCAAAACCGAGUCAUCUUCAAGACAGAUCAUUAACAGAAAGAAGCAAAUGUGAAAGUUACAUAUGUUUUAUUACCUUUUGAGUAAGAAACAUGGGGAAACUAAAUUGUGUGUGUGUGUGUGUGUGUGUGUGUGUGUGUGUGUAUGUGUGUACAUCUGUUAAUUUUUGCAAAGAAGAAAUACAGGCAGGAUAAACUUGAUCCUAAUAAAAGAGUGGAUUUCAAUGAAUGAGGUGCUGAUGGUCUUGGAUUUUUUGUUUUGUUUUUAAGGCAGGAUCUCUCUAUUGCCUGUGCUGGAGUGCACUGGCAUGAUCUCAGCUCACUGCAGCCUUGACCUCCCAGGCUCAAGCUAUCCUCUCACCUCAGCCUCCCGAGUAGUGCAUGCCAUCAUGCCUGGCUACUUUUUGUACUUUUUUGUAGCGAUAGUCUUGCCAUGUUACCUAGGCUGGUCUCAAACUUCUGGCCUCAAGCUGUCUUAUCACCUCAGCCUCACAAAGUGCUGAGAUUACAGGUGUGUCAGUAAUUUCUAUUCUAUUUUUUUGGUAGAUUUGAAAUUUUUAGAAAGUAAUGUUAAAAAUUAGAACAAAAUUACCGCAAAAGCCUGGCCUACCAGGGGCGUAUGUCAGGGGAAAGAAAGUGUCCUGAGGUUUUGCCUUGCUGAUUGGCAGGGAAAGCAGCUUGGCGGGGGAACUGUUGGCAUGUGUCUGGGGGCAAAACUUUUUAAAAUUAAUCACCUGAGGGUCUGCUGCACUCAUCAGCAACGUUCCUGCAGCAGUCAUAACUCUAGUCUUGGCCUCCCUUCCUCUUUUUCUUCCCCUCUUUUACUUAACAUUUAUUAGGUGCCUGCUAUUUAUCAGGGUCUGUGUUAGGCUCUGAGGAUGCAGAGAUGGAAGAGAUACACUUUCUUCCCUUAAGAAGUUCAUCAUCUACAAGGGCCAGUACGGAAGCAACGGAUAAGUACAAUCCUCCCAGGCAUGCACUGUAGGAGAGGAAAUGGAGGGUGCUCUGAGAAACCAGGAGUGGUAUUGUGUCUCUUUCAUCUCAUCCUCACCCGCCAGGGCUGUCUCAGGCUGGCCACCACCUGAUUCUUUGUACUGUAGGAAGAGUGCCAGCCACCCCAAAAGUGGACCACCAUGCCAGAUGGGCAGGAGGCAUGUGCAGAAGCCCUCGAGGGUCCCUGACCCUGCAAGGCUCUCCCACAUUGCCUGCAGCUUUCUUCCAGAAACUUUUCCUCUGCUUGUUCACCUGGGACUUGGGUUCUGUCCUGCAUGGCCACUGAGCUGGCCCAUCCCUCAUCUCCGCAGAGACAGCUCUGGCCUGUCUAUGGUGCCACUCCCAGAUGAUCUGAAAGGGGGAUUGGAGGUGAUCCCAGCAGUGGUAGAGCCUCCCUGCAGAGGAAACUUACCACCCUGCUACUGGAGACUCUGGAGAUGUUACCUCCUUUGUCUGUUACUUACAGAGAGAGUGAACACAGCACAAGAAGUGGUAAAUAUCUCCGCGAACCUGUUGCUUCUCCUCUACUUUUGUUUGUAAAAAAAAAAAGAACCGGGUAAUCUGUAACUUCCCUUCUGAUAAUCUAUGGUUCUUUUACCAAGAGCAAUUAUCUAGGGCAGGGGGACGCUGAGGCUGGGACUUGAUUUUUCAACUGAAAUAAACGGUGAAUUCUCGAUAUCCCUUUGAUGGUGGAAGCUGAGAAAGCAGACUGGGAAUGGCUCCCUGCUGAUCAUGGUUUUGAAGAGCUCUUUACUGUGUUUUGACUUUGUGUUUUGGCUCAGAACAUCCCUUUGUCCUAGUGGAAGCGGGAUUUUUGGACAGGCAGCUGCAAUGCCGCUCUGUUCCACAUGGUGACAGGUUUUGCCUGGAAAAGGAGCUCCUGAAUGGCGUGUUCACAGAAUUGGGUUCUUUGACGACGGUCAUUUAUAUUGAUUGCUUUUGUUAAUGCAUUAGAGAGAAUGUAUGCUCAGGAUACAUUACUGGUGAUGUUUAUUGCCUUUUCUAUUUAGGAAAAGAAACUGAAACAAAUAAGGCUUUAACCCUUUCAUAGAUCGUUACCAUGGACCAGUCAUCUUUAACGUUAGAACUCCAGGGUGAUGGGGAGAGGUGAAAGAAACGACUUUUGAAUGUAGGUAGAUACAGGCGGAGAGCCUUCCAUACAACUGUUUUCUUCACUGUGACGUAGUUAAUAUUUCGAUAUUGCCUUGUUUUCAGUAAUUCGGAAAGCUGGCAAUGGCUUUUCUGUCAUUCCUUUGUGUUGAUGGAAAGUGAGGGUCAGGAACAGGGUCUGCUUAGAUUUCCUGUCAGCACACCCUGCCCAGCUCACAUGGUUGCAGGUGCCUGCUCUCAUCCAGACCUGAGGAUAUUUUCCCCGAGUCCUGACGUCAGGGUUCCGGGGGCUGCUUCCUUCCUGAUUGCUGAUAAAUGUUCCUAGAAAUGCUUCCUAAACAAAAACACAGAGUUAUCGCAUUUCGGUGGAGAUAGAGAAUUAAGGGGUCGCUGCUUCUGCGCCUUUCUUCACUUCUAGCCAAACGGACAUUAGAAAAGGCAAAGAAACAAGUCGCACAUCAGGAAACUCUAAUUAUCAUUAAAACAAUAUUUUGGUGAGUACUUUUCUCACUCUUUGUGUUUUGUAUUUUAAGGUCUUAAGUCAAUUUGUGUUAUAUUUCAUGAUACUGAUUUGAAAUCUCACACAAAGGCAAUGAGUUUGCAGAUAAACAGCUGAACAAUGAAGAUAAUAGAGUCCCCUCACUAUUGCUGCCUGCCCCCCUCAUGCCACUGUCACAGUGCCCGGCACCUGCACCUGAUCACGACCCACUGGGCACAGGAACAGAAGUCUAACAGGAGAGGUUCUAUUUCUGGAAUUUGGAGCUAUGUAACUCAGAUGACCACAGAGGCCCUCUCAGAUCAGAGGCAGAAAUCACCUAAAUGACUCAUGUCAGUUACACAAAUGGACAUUUGUGGGAGAAGACAGCUGGGAGGAAAUUUGCCUGGAAGCCAACUGUAAAGGCAGGGAAACCAGCUGCCCUGCACUGGCAGAGAGGCACUCCAUCCGGAGUCAGGGAUUUGGGCUCCUGGCUGGGCAUGAGCCAGUUACUCCCAGCUGACGUACAGAUCAAAGAGCCCUGCCAAAUAUUGCUUCCACAGGCAUUCCCAAGAAGUCAUUUCUGUGGAGUCAUGCUAAUAGAGGGCCCCUUUUCUCAUGGUGCUAUGCCUAAGAAUGCAAAUAUAGCUUCUUCCAUUGUAAGCCUGCUGCUUUCCAGUGCUUCAACCCAGGAGAAUGACUAACGGGGAUUUCAGAAGCUAGUCAGGUCCAAGGUGACAGCAUUGGUUAUUUUUAUUGUUUUAUUUUUGGCCCCUAAAAUGCCUGGCGGUAGCAAUGAAAAGUUUGACAUCCAAAGGCCCAAGGAGUCUCAGGAAAUCUAGUCUCAGGUGCCCCUGCCCCAAGCAGUGAAAAGCUCCUGCCCUUUUCUCCAUGUGGGAGAGAAACACACACCACGAGGACUGGUCCUGUUUGACAUUCACAACCUCCGGACUUCAAUGCACCAUCUCCAGGCAAUCAUGCUGCCUUUGCCUGAUCCAGGCACUUUCCUGCUUUUCUACAUAUCUAAGAACGUCUUCCUCUCUCCUCUCAUGGCCAAACUUCUCUCACAUCCUAUUUCACUGGGAAAAUUGAAGCAACUAGAAGGAAACUUCCAAAGACUCUUCCAGCCACCACUUCUGUCCCUCGCGGCCUCCAGCCUGUCACCAUGGAGUAGCUGUCCCCACACCUGUGCACACCCAUGCUCAUGUGGUGAGGAACCCCUCUCAGGGCUCCAGAAAUGCUCCCCUCUCUCUCUCAUAAACGAUUACCCCAGAUUAUUUCAAUUGGGAACAAACAUGCUGUUAUUUUUCUCAUUUUUUUUUAAAAAAAAAAGUAGAGAAGGAGCAGGAUUGACAAAAAUAAUCAUAAAAAAUUAAAAAAUGAAAAAAAAGAUAAAAAGGACAAUAAAAACAAAUGUGUCUUGAUCCCACUUCUACUAGAGUUGCCUCCUAAUGUUUGCCUCUCUUUGCGGCAGAUCUUCUUUCCUUCCACUGGAGCCCUCCCCAGGCAGGGGCACGCGCCUCCACAGUUCCGCUGAAAUGGCUCUUCAUGUCACCAGUGGCCUCUGCAUAGUUAAAUCAGGGGUCAGUUCUCAGUUUCCGGCACCUGUCGGCAGCAUUUGACCCAGCCGAUGGUCUCCUCCAGGAUGCAGUUUUUUUCUUUCCAGUUAGCUUCCAGGACAGCACGCUCUUUGGCUCCUCCUCUUAGCUCAUUCCUCUCUCCCUCAAGGGCUCCUUUGCUAGGGUGCAGUUUGUAGACCUCUCCUCUGAGCCAAUACACUCACUUAUUGCUGAAUGGUCUUACGCAUCGAGUGGCUUUAACGACUGUCUGUACAUCGAUGACUCUCAACCUCCAUCUCCAGGCCUCACACCCCUUUGUGAGACCCCACACUCAUAUAUUCAUCGCCUUCUUACGUUUUCCUUCAGUAGUCAACAAAUGUGGCAAACGCCACGUGAACAAAGUUUCACUAUCGUCUUUACAUUUCAAUCUUGUGCUACUGGCCGCCUUUCCCAUCUCUCUGGCCUGUCAACCUUAAAUAAUGAGAUUCAGAAAAUAGGAUGAACUAUAGAGUUUAUUAGGGCACAAAUCUUAAGGAUAGUCAUAUGGGACACACAGACUCCAAGGGAAUGGGUCAGCAUUCCAAAGCAAAGUUACGGUUUCACUUACACAGGCAGGGACAGAGAGGUUGAACAAGGUUGCAACAGCUUCCAGGCAAGAUCAGUACAAUGUCAUAGCACUUUGAUCGGUUACAGCCUGCCACAUUCCGAGGAAGGUUGCUUUAACAUUCUGUGAGGAGCGGUGAUGAUCUGAGGGGAUCUCAUCUCUGGUGCCACAAGAUCCUCUCUAAUCAUUUACAAGAAAAAGUAGAAGUUGCAGCUUCAUGCUGCGGGGUUCAAGGCUCAGAAUAACUUCCAAUGGCUUUAAGUUGGAAUUAUUUGAUUUUACAGGCCAAAAAUCUGAAAGUUACCAUUGACUCCUCCUCUUCUUUAAUAUAUCAAUCUACUAGGGAAUUCUACUGGCUGUACCUUCAAAAUAAGUCCAGAUGUUAAUCAAUUUCUCAGCAUUUCCACUGCUCCCUGCCUGGCCCAGGCCACCGUCAUUAUUCAUCCUUGCAUCCUAUAGGGCAAUGACUUUUAUGUCCUGUCACUUCACAGGUCAAAACCUUCUGAUGGCUCCGAUGGCCCCAGGGUAAAAGAAUGGAAUAUGAGCCAUAGGUUACUGGGUCUUACAUGGAAAGCUGGCUCUUGGUUACCCUCACUCCUGCCUUGCCCCCCAUACUCACACCACCACACUGACCGCCCAUCCUCUGCAAACAGGCUGAGGGCCUCUGCUCCUCGGGCUCCCCCUGCCUGGAACACUUUUCUGCAGGUACCUUGGACUCGCCCUCACCUUCUUCAGAUGUUUACUCAAUUCCCUGUUCAUGAGCUCUGCCCUGACCACCCCAUUCAUAGCGCCCCCUAUGCUCCUUAUCCUGCAUUACUUUUUCUUUUUUUUCAACAGUACUUAUCACUGUUUACUCAUGUUUGUGUGUAUUUAUUAUGUUUAUUGUUUCCUUUUCUCUUUUCCCUAGGUUGAAACUCUGCAUGGCAGAGAUCUUUGUUUAUUUUACUCGGAGAUGUAUAAGCACCUAGAACAGUGCCUAGCUCAUAGUGAUCCUUUAACCAAUAUUUGUUGCUGAAUGAAUGAAUGAAUGAAUGAUUGAAUGAAUACAACUGGUCAGUGAUAUUAACAGCUCAGUCCCUCCUAGGGUCUGAGUAGAUUGGCUAUUUGACAACCUUUCUUUAUCAGCCAGCCCCACGUGGAUGGGGUGUGGGUCCUGCUGCAGCUAACAUCAAAAAGCACUUCCUAUAGGGAGCAAGCUGGGCGGGUCUGGGCCAGGCUGCAUGUUCGCCAUCAGCUGCUGGUCAGGGUGGCCCAGGGAAGUGGGGCAGAGCCUCAGGUCUAUUGAGUCACAGAGGGAUGUACAGGCAAACUAAGCUCAGAGGAGUCUGGGUGCAAGAGGAUUCAGGGGGAAUUGAGAUGUGGGAGUCAAAUCAAAUCAUGAUACACAGUUGAGACUCUGGGCAUGAGUGACACGGGGGCUGGAGGUCUGUUCCACAAGUGUUGCUGGUGUGAGGCACAGGACAGGCUUCCAGACUUUCCUCUGUGAAUGCAUGGACCAUGGCAGAUGUGCUCAGCCCCUUGCAGCUGAUUUCUAGGAGAGUACCUGGCAUUGACUGUGGGUGGCCAGGAACUCUACGGAAGGAGUGAAUCUGUGUUGAAAGCCAUUUUGUAAGAUGGGACAGUUUGAAAGCCAUUUUGUAGGAUGGGACAGUUUCCAAUCUAGUACCUAUCACAGUUCCCUGGCUAAAAAUUCUGACCCAACAGCCUCCUGUUCCCAAUCCUUAUCACCAGAAGGUUCCCCUUUAUUGAGUAGAUGGUGACAUGGUGGCAGGUUCUCUGUUCCGUCUCUCUGCGUUCCCAAGGACCAUCAACUGGGUUUGCUCUAUCUGUGUGACUCUGCCCACAUUUUUAGGCCUCAGUUUCUCUAUCUGUAAAGUAAAGAUAAGAUUACUAUCUGCAUCAUGAUGUUGGGCCUGGCUCAUCUAUUCACAGGAUGUAUUGGUCUUGGUUAGAAGUCUGAAACCCCGCUGACUGUGUUCCUGGGGACAGCUGGCUCCUGCAGCUGCUAGUCAAGUUCUAUGGAAUCAUAACACCAUGGUCACUAGAUGCCAGGUUUCAGGCUGCAUUUGAUUUUGAGUUUCCCUUCCCUUCCUGCUCUCUCCUUUCGUAAUCCUUGGAUGCUUAUACCAGCAGGAGCUCCUUCUGCUGUCCCACUGCACAGACACUGGGCCCCUUCUAGGAGAGUGGGAGCCACACCCUGGCCAUCAGCCCAGCUCUGCCUGUACAGCUCUGAUGGAUUUCCCACUGGACCAUGGCACUGGGGGCUCUGUGUCCCACCAGAAGGUGAUGGCCAGGGGUAGAUGGGAGCCAAGUGAUGUUCAGGGCCUUGACUCCCCAGGUAACUGCCUUCCCCUUCGUCACUCCAGAUGGGCCCAUCCAGAUCACUGGCUCGUUCUCCCUCUGGCCAACAGUUGAGAAUGUCUCGGGUCUUGAGCAGCAGUGUGGCUAAGUGGUCACGUGUUUGGAUGCAGAGGACUCAUCUGUAGCGUCAGCUCCACUUAAACAUGGAGACAAGUGUCACCAUCUGCUUAUGCCUCUGGGUGUUUUCUUAGAAGCUGAGCUUUGACCAGAGUUGGGAAGUGUGAAUGGGUUUGGAAAUAGUGUGUUUUUGCUACCAGAGAGUGGAUGAUGGGACAGGGCAGGGUCCGGUGGGCUGAAAUUACUAAGUUUAGUCCUGGAUGUGAUGUUUACUCAUCCUAUGACCUUGGACAAAUCACUGCCUUAUUCUAGUCCCCAAGGUUUUUCAUCUUGUUUUAUUUAUCUCUAACAACUUUUUAAAAAGACGUUUCAUGUAGAAGGCAACUUUAUAGCUAUUACAGAUCAAAUCAAAAGUAAAACUGCUCUGAAAAGGGGAGAGGUUGAAGUGGCCCAGAGACCUUGGAUUGAGAACCUCCCUCAAAAGUACAUACCAGGUGACUCAAGGGGCGCCUCCACCCCACCCCGAGGGUCCCAUCCCACCUCACCCUGCCGAGCACAGCAGGAAGCCCCGGACCAGGUGAUCUUUCAGGCCCUUCUGGCUCUGACAGUUGUUGAGAUUCUGAGUUAGUCCUUCUGUUGGGAUCUGGAAGCAGUAGCUCCAGGUCUCAGGUGCAGAUUCUUACUCUGUUGGGAUCUGGGGUGCAGAGAGAUAAGGUGCAAUGAUAUGGAGUGGCGGAGAGGAUAGAAGAGGGUGCAUGCCUAGGGGAAAGCCAUUCCCACACUGUAGCCUUCCCUGAUUCUGUCUUGUGUACCCUACUGGGCUCUGCCUGGGAUGCAUCCCCAGGGAUCUGCCAGCCAUCCUGCUCCAGGAGGCUUCCCUGCAAAGAACCCCAGCCCCGUGAUCACAGAUGCAAGAGGCAUCUGCCAGCUGGGGCUCAAAUCUUUUGUUUCUGAUUGACUAAUAUCCCCGUUGAAGAUGUGAAGACAGAUGUGACCCAGCCUCCUUGGGGCACUCGGUCUGGUGAGAGAAAUCACCUACAGGCUCUAAUGGGGACUUGGACAAGGGCCAGUCCAGUCCAGAAGAGUGUGCCUAUCUCUCUGUCUGUGAGAGGCCAGGAAGAGCUCAGAGAGGAGCUGAGGCCUCAGCUGUGAAUGAAGGCUUGAGUCCCAAGCCAGGCAAAGUGUGGAGGAAUGAGGGAGUCAGGAGGGGACCCUCUGGUUGAGAGUGCACAGGAACUCUUUGAGCCUGUGAUGCUAUAAUAUCUGCACCUGCGUCUGCGUCUGCAUCUGCAUCCUCUAUCUAACCUCUAUCUACACGGGUUUUCACCCACUGUUCCUGAUCCACGUCUCUUGGCAGCUAUGUUAAGCCUCAGGAAACAGAACCUCUCUCCUGCCCUCCUUUCACCUGCCCCAAGGCAGAAUUCACUCUUACCUGCCUUUCUGAUUGUGGGUCUUAAGAUCCUCCCCUGAGAGAACUCCAUCCUAUACACCCUGAGGGAAGGAACACUGACAAUGGGAAGCUUUCAUAAAAACCCAAGAGGAUUGAGUUAGGAGAGGCUCGAGGUUCCUGGAAGGGCAGGGAGGCUCCACACCCUCUUCCCCACACCUCACUCCAUGUGUGUCUCCAUCAGUAUCCUUUGUGAUAACCUUUAUAAUAAACUGGUAAUAUAAGUGUUUCCCUGAGUUCUGUGAGCCACUCCAGCAAAUGAAUCAAAACCAAAGAGGGAGUCGUGGGAACCCCAACUUGAAGCAGGUCUGCCAGCUUCAAGUUGGGGUCACAGAAAUGUUCCUGUGCAGUGAUGAUUGUUCUUCUGGUGUGAGGGCAGAGGAAAAGCAGGGGUAAAGAGAGUUUGUCUUGUGCAGACACAGAGAGUCUGUUUCCAUCUGGAAGCUCAUGCACUUUCAGCCGGGUCCAGGUGUUCCUCCCCGGAGCUGAGGCUUAGCUUUGGCAAAUGGCCAGAUAAUCUCCAUUUAGCUAGAAAUGAUGUCAAUCCAUUAUUCAAAUGAUUGGAAUCAUAAACACGACUUGUUCCUGGAAUAAAUAAUCACAUCAGAUCUAAUCCAAAUAUUGUGUUUUGCUGCUAUUGGUAUAUUUCUAAUGAAACAACUGGUCAACCUGCUCAAGGGAGGGUUUCAAAGAGAUUCUUCUAGAGUGAACUUGAUCCGUGCUCCCAGAGGGCAAAGAAAGGGAAAGAGACCUUGGAGAAUUCUCACAGAGAUUUGCAAGCAAAAACAGACAUUUCAGUUCAGUGACUUCUCUUCUUAUGAAAGAAAAAUUCCAUAAGUUACAAUCAGGGCCGGGCCAGAAAGCAGAGCUCCCUAAGCAAGAGAAAUUUCUCACACCUUGCUGGGCUCAUCUUCACUCCCUGGAUGAAUCUCCGGAUAUCCAGAUCUCACCUCCUGUACCUUUCUGGAGAGGAUCAGAAGGCUGUCGUCAGGUUUUUACUUCUGCAAAAAAAAAAGUCAACAUUCAUAGCUCAGGCUGGACAACAGCCUCCGCAUCCUGACCGCAUCUCCACCGCCGAACACAUAGCAAUCUCUCCCCUUUCCCCUCUGCUGUGUGCCUGUGCUAACGCUUACUCCAUUGAGGCUUAUGCCCCUCACUCUGCCAGCAUGGGAGCCGGCGAGGUGAGCAGACUCAUUCAUGGACAGGAAUAUUCAGGCCCGUGAGCCGCAUCACAGCCUCUGCAGCAUUCAUGGGGGUUCCUCCCCACAAAUCUUCUCUGAGGAUGUCCCAAAACCUGAGGCUACCUUCACACACAUUUGUACCAAUGCAGCUGAUUCUGUAUCUACUCCUUUUAAAAAUAGGCAAAUAUAUAAAUAGAUAUAUGUACUUUCUUAACAGAUUUGCUAUCCACUUUUAAGUCUUUUGGCAAUUCGAGAGUUGUAAUUUACAAAUAAUCAGUUACAACAGUUAUACAUUAAAAUCCUAAAUAAAUCGCAUGGUCCUGGGAUCAGGGAUUUCCGGCACUCCUGCUUGCAGAGGAUUAGCAGGACAUUUAAGGAGGCUGCAGGAUGGUGGACUGUGAGCAGCAGGCCUGGAGGCAGAGCCUAAGUCUUACCUCUUUCUUUCCCUAGAGCUGAGCACAGCAGCCAUACAUGGUACGUGCUCAGCAGCCAUUCAGCAAGGACGUGAUCAAUGUGGCUUCUUUAAUCAUUCAAGUCCCUAUGUUGAUCAAAUAAGACGAUGGGUUAACAAAGUCCUGUCUUGGGGAAGGGGCAUGCCUGAGACUGUGGUGACUUCUAAUAUGAGGCUCCAUGGACAUGGAAGUACUCUUCUGGCCAGGCCUGGGUAAUAGCAGGCACAAUGGGAGUGAUGGAGAAAAGGAAAGGGUCAAUUCUUCCACAGCGGGGUAGCUACAGCCCUAUCCACAGAGCAGGGGAGAGCUGCACCAGGGAUCCUUCCUCCUGCAGAGGCCUGUGGCUUUCUCCUUUGCCAUCACUUUCCUGGCCUCCAGUGGAUCUGGGAGGAAGCAGGACAUUCUCUCCAUUCCUGGAGACAGGGUGGGAGUAGGAAGGAGACCUGGGACUGCUGCUUUGCCUGGACUUGCCGUGAGCAGAGUGCCAGCCUCCUGAAGGAAGCUCUGCCUGGGGGUGAAGGAGAGAGACAGGGAGAAUCCACCACUCUAUAUAAAGCAGGUCAGCUACUUACACAUGCUGGAUUACACUCAAACCACCAGUCAGCAAGCUUUGCUGUAAAGAGCCAGGCAGUAAAUCAUUUGGGCUUUAUGAGCCUUAUGGUCCCUGUUGCAGCUACUCUGUUCAGCUGUUUUAGCACAAAAGCAGCCACAGACAAUACACGAAUGUAUGGGUGUGACUGUUUUCCAAUAAAAUUCUGUUUGCAAAGUGUGCAAUGGACUGGAUUUGGCCCACCAGCCGCAGUUUGCUAUUUCCUUCUGGAAACAUCUGGAAGCUUACAUCUCUGAUUUGACAAGCUGAUUUUGGUCCCUCUGUUUCUGACCUAUUUGUUUUCUAUUU